AUGACGACUGAAGUUUUUGUGAUAGGACAUUCAUAUAUUCGUCGUUUGAGGGAUUAUAGCUGCACAUCUGCCGAGAUGUAUAACCUUAAAUUGGAUCCGGACUAUUUUAAGGUGAAUUUCUUAGCACGAGGAGGUUUAACUUUUACACGACUUUCUCGAUGCCCAGAAUUUAUGAAUUUUACAAAACCUCCACAAGUAUGCUUCGUCCAGAUGGGAGAAAAUGACUUAUGCCAAACAAAACCAAGAAAGGUGUGCACAGACAUUAUUUCAUAUGCACAGUAUCUACGGGAUGGUGUAGGUGUACGGACGGUCAUCAUAGGUCAAUUGCUGAGACGACAACCCUGGGCAUCCUCUCCCUCAUACAAUGCUGACGUCAUAGAUGCAAACAACCUCCUGCGGACUGAAAUUAAGAAGCUUGAGGGUAUCCAUUUCUGGUCGCAUCGUGGUUUUUGGGCGGACCUGUCCUACCUGGGAAAAGAUGGGGUGCAUAUUGAUGCAAAUUCGACUCACAUGAAAAAAUAUCUGCACAGUAUCAGGAUAGCUGUCCUUCAGCACUCCAGAUAA